UAGGUUCCUUCCUGCAGUCAGCGAGCGGCUGGUGAUUGAGAGGACCGGGUGCCUUGUGAACCCGGCUUUCCCCGUAACAUGUUCUCCUUGUGCAGCACGGUGCAGCCGCAGGUAACGAUACCUUUAAGCCAUCUCGUCACUGCCUUUCAUACGCCCAAAACCACAGCCUAUUUCCCCAGUUCCACCUCUAUCCAGAACCUCCAGCGUGACGUGAACCCCCACAAUGAAAUCCACACCUCUGAGCCCACAUUCAAUCUGAAAGACCUGGGUUUAUCUGAGCUAAGAACUAAACAACUGGGCAAGCUUUUCGAGACACUUCUUCCUGGCAUCCAUGCAGACAAAAAAAGCCCCUCUUCCCGCUGGCACACAUCCCAUGUCUCUGCGGAGUCAUUCUUCGAGAAUAAACAUGGAUAUUCCAAGGUUUUCAAUGCUUUGAGCUCAUCCUCCUUGCUGAGGCAACAGCCUAGCCCAUUAAAGCAAGUUUGUACAGAUCUACAGUACUGGCCAGUUUUAAUUCAGUCACGAGGCUUUAAAACAUUGAAACCGAAAGUUCGACGCCUGCAGUCAACGUCUGAGAGGGUUGCUGAGGCUGAAAGUGUCGCACCGUCCUUCAUGAAGGGAUUUCUGCUGAGAGAUCGUGUUCCGGAUGUGGAAAACCUGGACAAACUUGUUAAAAGUAAAAAUGUUCCUGAGGGUCAUCAAGAUGCUUUUAAGACAGGAUUUGCGGAAGGAUUCUUAAAAGCACAAGCUCUCACACAGAGAACCAAUGACUCGUUGAGAAGAACACGGCUGUUGCUUCUAGUUCUGCUGCUGCUUGGAAUUUAUGGCUUGUCAAAAACACCAUUUUUAUCAGUUCGCUUCCGAACAACAUCGGGACUUGAUGCAGCUGUAGAUCCAAUUCAGAUGAAAAAUGUGACUUUUGAACAUGUAAAAGGGGUUGAAGAGGCAAAAAAUGAGCUGCAAGAAGUUGUUGAGUUCUUGAAAAAUCCCCAGAAAUUUACAGUGCUAGGAGGCAAGCUCCCUAAAGGUAUAUUAUUGGUUGGACCCCCUGGAACCGGGAAGACUCUCUUAGCUCGAGCUGUUGCCGGAGAGGCUGAUGUUCCGUUCUACUAUGCUUCUGGUUCCGAGUUUGAUGAGAUGUUUGUUGGAGUGGGAGCAAGUCGCAUCAGAAACCUUUUCAGGGAAGCCAAGGCCAAUGCACCUUGUGUAAUAUUCAUUGAUGAGCUGGAUUCUGUGGGUGGCAAAAGAAUCGAAUCUCCCAUGCAUCCAUACUCCAGACAAACCAUAAACCAGCUUCUUGCAGAAAUGGAUGGCUUUAAACCCAAUGAAGGUGUCAUUAUCAUAGGAGCAACAAACUUCCCUGAAGCGUUGGAUAAUGCGUUGGUGCGUCCUGGCCGCUUCGAUAUGCAGGUUACAGUCCCCAGACCAGAUGUCAAGGGUCGCACUGAAAUCUUGAAGUGGUACCUCAGCAAGAUAAAGUUUGAUAUGUCUGUUGACCCUGAGAUUAUAGCCCGCGGCACGGUAGGCUUUUCCGGAGCAGAGCUGGAGAAUUUGGUGAAUCAAGCUGCGCUAAAAGCUGCCGUGGAUGGGAAAGAUAUGGUUACGCUGAAGGAGCUGGAGUUUGCAAAGGAUAAAAUACUCAUGGGUCCUGAAAGAAGAAGUGUGGAGAUAGACAACAAAAAUAAGACAAUCACUGCCUAUCAUGAGUCCGGUCAUGCGAUUAUUGCUUAUUACACCAAAGAUGCUAUGCCUAUUAAUAAAGCCACCAUAAUGCCCCGAGGUCCAACUCUUGGACAUGUGUCUCUUCUACCAGAGAAUGAUAGAUGGAGCGAGACCAGAUCUCAGCUUCUUGCUCAGAUGGAUGUGAGUAUGGGUGGCCGAGUGGCCGAAGAAAUCAUCUUUGGGGCAGAGAACAUCACCACAGGUGCAUCGAGUGACUUCGACAGUGCUACCAAAAUAGCAAAGCUAAUGGUAACCAGGUUCGGGAUGAGUGAAAAGCUUGGGGUCAUGACUUACACUGAUACAGGCAAGCUAAGCCCAGAGACUCGCGCGGCUAUCGAACAAGAAGUUAGAACUCUCUUAAAGGACUCAUACGAACGAGCAAGACAUAUUCUGAAAACACGCGCUAAGGAACACAAAAACCUCGCCGAAGCUUUACUGAUGUAUGAAACAUUAGAUGCUAAAGAAAUUCAGAUGGUCCUCGAAGGGAAAAAAGUUAGAUGAUUUUUGGUGGCUUUCCGUUUCCCAUUUAAUAUCACUUCAGCUUUCUUUAUAUUUACUUUCACAUUUGUCUGAGGGUAUGCCAAAAUCUUCCUAUGUUUUGAGUUCUCAAUAUUUCUUCGUGUUUGUUGUUAAGCCACGCUUGGGUCAAAGUAGGCCAUGGAUUCAGAAACCGCUCAAGUGGGAAAAGAAGUGCUCUGGAUGACCGUUCUCGCAAGACCUGAACACAGCUUCGCGGACGUUACACGCGGCUGUAUGUUGAUCAGAAAUCUAGGGUUAAUCUUUAUUCCACUUGGACGUUUGGUCACGGCUUUGAAAGCCCCACCUAAUCCUUCAGCCCGCGGCACACACUGUGGCGUUCUGCACGUUUACAGAAAAUAUUGAUUGCUCUUAAGUGUAGUUCUUGUUUUUGUGCUUACUGCUUCUGAGAAACAGUUGCACGUCCCUUUAAAAUACACAGAAAGAA